GCUGGGUAGGUGAAUGAUCUGUGUCCAGAGCCAUCUCUGGGAGCAUGCAUACGAUGAGAGUGUGCUGGCUGUCCUACAGAACACAGCAUUACAUGUUGGGCUUAUCGAUUCCAGCCAGUGCAGGGGCUUUGGAGCAGCUCCCACAACUUAGGAUGGAGAGAACAUAAUCUCUCCUACCCUUUUUUAUAAGCCAACUCCAUCUGCAAGGGCUCCCAAUAGUGAUGCUGUGCUUGGGGUCCAUGCAGGCAGGGAGAACAGGGACAUUCAGCACAAGUUUGUGCUGGCACUGGAGAGCCUUGGUGAGACUGGGAGUGGGAGGAAGGCUUGGGAGUGGGGGGAUUAAAGUGAAGGGAAGAGCUGAAACCUAUUUGGAGGUGGGUUGGUUUUUUUUUCCACUUUUUUUCUCCCUCCUAUUUGCUGCCUGUGAUCACAAGCCUAUAGGGAUCUCCUGAUCAGUGGGACCUGAGGAUGUUCCAGCAGCGUGGGAAGGCUGAGCGAGCCACCUGCGGGCGGUGGGAGGGACAGAGGCAGCAAGCGAGGUGUGACUGUGGCAGGUGGCUGGCUCUGCAGGUGCCAGGGCAGGGGGAGCUGGGCACCGAGCUGGCAAUCAAUAAUUCAAGGAGGCAGUCACGUGCCCUUGCUGGCUGUUGCAGGAUUCCUCUCUCAUCAGAGUCUGGUUACAUCCAGGGAUCAAGUUCCAACCUCUUGGCUGGUGAAUUAUUAAACUCCAGCAGUGCUCUGUUCCCUUUGUACCACAGCUGUGUUUUCCUGCUGUCAUUUCUUGCCAGUAACAGGCUCUCCACCCAGCUAGCUCUGUGGAAGGGCUCCUCUGGACCAGCAGCAUCUCACACUCUCCUUCGCUCCUUGCUCAUCAGCGGGAGAGAGAAAAAGCCUGGGGAGAUGGACCUGUCCUACAGAUCCACCAUCUCCAUCUAUAAGAGCAUCCUGGAGCAGUUUAACCCUGCACUGGAGAACCUGGUGUACCUGGGGAACAACUACUUGCGUGCCUUCCAUGCAUUAUCCAAAGCAGCUGAAGCCUACUUUAAGGCAAUCGAAAAGAUUGGGGAGCGAGCACUGCAGAGCUCCACCUCUCAUGUGCUGGGUGAAAUCCUGAUGCAGAUGUCUGACACACAGAGGCUCCUGAGCUCUGAUUUAGAAGUUGUGGCUCAGACAUUCCACGUGGACCUACUGCAGCACAUGGAGAAGAACUCCAAAAUGGAUGUGCAGUUCAUCAGUGAGAGCCAGAAGCAGUACGAGCUGGAGUACCGGCGCAAAGCCAACAACCUGGAGAAGUGCACGGCAGAGCUCUGGAGGAUGGAGAGGGCCCGUGAUAAAAAUGCCCGAGAGAUGAAGGAGAACGUGAUGCGGCUGCGCUCAGAGAUGCAGGCGUUCCUCUCCAACAGCCAGCGGGAGGCUGAGCUGGAGGAGAAACGCCGCUACCGCUUCCUGGCUGACAAGCACCAGAUGCUCUACAACACUCUCCUCCAGUUCUACAGCAGGGCCCGAGGCGUGAUCCAGACUAAGGCACCACAGUGGAAGGAGCAGCUGGAGGCCAGCCGCAACCCCACCAACAGCCAUGUUCAGGGCCUGCUCACCAGCUCCCAUGGCCAGAGCUAUCCAUCGGGCCAGCUCACGCCUACCCACCUGGAGACGCAGAGAUCCCUUGGAGACUUUGUUUCUUCUGUGGCUGGGAGUAGGUCCAGCAUCUUCUCUCAGGAACCACCAGAUAUGAGACUGUCUCCUCAACCAGAGGUCCCCAGGCGACCGCUACAGAGGACACCAUCAGCCAGUUUGGUCCCUGCUGGCCGCAUCUCCCGCUCUGGUUCCUUUGGUGAGGCCAGCAGCAGCAGUGAAGGCAGGCGGAGGAGCGGCACAGUGAGAGCGCAGGCUAUCGCGCCCCACACGACGGGGGCCAACCGGACCCUGCUGCGCUUCGAUCCUGGGGAUAUCAUCACAGUGCUGAUGCCAGAGGCGCAGAACGGCUGGCUGUACGGCAAGCUGGAGGGCUCAUCCGUAUGUGGCUGGUUCCCUGAAGCUUACGUCAAGCCUCUGGAGGAUGCGAGGGACAUGGAGGAGCCGCCUGUCAGGUCUUUCCCACUCCGGAGCAGUCACAGUAUGGAUGACAUCUUGGACCAUCCCAGCGUUUCUUCCUCUAGCUGGUCUGCUGCUGCCCAAGCUGCUGUGCCAAACCCACCUCCUGCACCGGUGGGUGCCGGCAGUCACCAGAGUGGGCCAGUGACAUCAGGUGGUACGAAGAAACCAGGAGUAUUUGACCAGCCACCUGAACUCUUCCCAAGAGGUACCAACCCCUUUGCCACAGUCAAGCUACGUCCCACGAUCACCAACGAUCGCUCUGCACCCGUUAUCCGAUGAAGUGGUCAUGCAGGGAAGAGGAAGGCAUAGGAGUGACGGGCUGCAACCCCUAUUGGGCAGUGACCUCAUGCUACCGCUCACAGAACGACCUCUCUCCCUCCCUUCCCUCUGGGACAUGAGGACCUGUCUCAUGGCUGUCUGGCAUGCUGUAGCCAACAGCAGGCCCUCUUUGGAUUGCCCUCCACCCCUGUGUGAUGUUGUUGUGCUUGAGUGGGAGAAGCCUGGUGAUGGCGGCCUGAGGGGUGGUGGUGGGGAAAUUCUGAUGGUCUGGGAGAAGAACACUUGCCAGAUUUUGCUGCUGGAAAAAUGAAUCCCAGACGGAGGUGGCUGCCACUAAGCUGCCAGUGAUGUGACUUGGCUGAAGGGCUCUUGGCCCCUUUGUCAGCCAUGUUGGUUUCAGCCCCUCUUCACCACUAGCUGACCCCUUCCCUGGCCAGUCAGCUCCUGGGCACAGGGAAGGAGGUGAUAGAGCCCAGUGUCACUAUCCUACCCUUCCACCAGUUGUCCUGUGGAGAAAGCAUUUUGAAAUAAAACAGACCAUGCUGCUUCCAUAGCUGUUCCAGCAGCCAGGCCUUUGCUAUGCUCAGAGGGCAUGGAGAGGAGGACGUGGCUCCCCUAACAGCCAGGGGAUGGGGGCUGCUUGACCCUCUGCCAGGCCUCACCAGCCAGCCCUGGCUCUGCUGUCACUGGAGGGCAGCACAACCCUGCUUCCUGGUCCCCUCAGCGCCUGGUAG